AGCUGUGCUGACUACCAGAGCAAAUAGCGGCUCCAAGCUGCAGGAAGACAAACGGAGCUUAGGAGCCGAAGAGCCGAAGCGCCGAGGGGCGGACAAACAACAAACUGUCGCGGUCAACUUGGCCUCCGCUUCCAGCCAAGACCCAGCCGAGACCCCGGGCCCCGCCUGCCGCACCAUGAGUGUCGGCGCCCCGCGAGGCCUGGCCAGCUCGGGGCAGAAGCACCUCGCAGACAUUGUCCACCCGCUGUCCGCCGCUGAGGAGCCUCUGUCCCCGGGGCCACAUGGCAGCGUCACCCCGGGGCCGGAUGGCAGCGUCGCCCCUGGGGGCCACAAGGAGGCAGAACUGUCCAAUGGCACGCCAGUGGACACGCCGAGUCCGGCCUCCGCGUCCUCACUCUUCAACAGGCUGCAGCUGGACGACGACCUGGAAUCCGACCCACGAGACCACUACGUUUCCACCGAAACCCGUGAUCUGUUCGUCACGGUGGACGAGCCAAAGAAGCACGUCUCUACCAUGGAGACCUACAUCACCUACAGAGUGUCCACAAUGACGACACGGAUGGAGUUUGACCUUCCCGAUUAUUGCGUGCGGCGACGGUAUCAAGACUUCGACUGGCUGAGGAUGAAGCUGGAGGACAGCCAGCCCACCCACCUCAUCCCCCCUUUGCCAGAGAAGUUUGUGAUGAAGGGCGUGGUGGAUCGUUUUUCGGAAGAGUUUGUGGAAACGCGCAUGAAAGCGCUGGAUAAGUUCCUCAAACGGGUUGCAGACCACCCGGUCCUCUCCUUCAAUCCACAUCUUAACGCUUUUUUGUCUGCCAAGGACCUGAACAAGCGCCAAGGCCUGGCACUGCUCACCAAAGUGGGCGAGUCAGUCAAGCACGUGGCCGUAGGAUACAAGCUGCGGGCGCGGCCUCCCGACUUCUGCGCCAUGGGAGAAUACCUGGACACAUUCAGCCAGAAACUGGGGACCAUCGACCGCAUCGCUCAGCGAAUCCUCAAAGAGCAGUCAGAGUACCUGACAGAGGUGCGUGAGUACAGCACCAUGUACUCCAGCUGGGCGGGCUCGGAACAGGAGCUGCGGUGUCCCCUGGAGGGUGUGGCCAGCUCUGUGACCACGUCCUGCGGGGCCAUGGAUGACCUUAGUGAGAACAUCUGCCAGGACAUCCUGCCUGUGCUACGAGAGUACAUCCUUUACAUCGAGUCCAUGAAGAACGUUUUGAAGAAACGCGACCAAAGUCAGGCAGAGUACGAGGGACGCCUGGAAGCGGCCGUACUGCGCAAACAAGAGGACAAAACGCCCAUGCCGGCUGAGGUGGAGCGCUGCCAGGACAAAAUGGAAUGUUUCAAUGCGGACUUGAAGGCCGACUGGGAGCGCUGGCAGAGCAACAAGCGACAGGACUUCAAGCAGCUUCUGAGUGGCAUUGCAGAUAAAAACGUCAACUACUAUGAGAAGUGCCAAACAGCGUGGGAGUCGCUGGUUAGUGUCCUGCAGGACAAACAGACUGAGGACCAGCCAAGUCCUGAAGGACAAACAGACUGAGGACCAGCCAAGUCCUGCAGGACAAACAGCCUGAGGACCAGCCAAGUCCUGAAGGACAGACUGAGGACCAACCAAGUCCUGAAGGACAAACAGACUAAGGACCAGCCAAGUCCUGAAGGACAAACAGACUAAGGACCAGCCAAGUCCUGAAGGACAGACUGAGGACCAACCAAGUCCUGAAGGACAGACUGAGGACCAGCCAAGUCCUGAAGGACAGACUGAGGACCAACCCAGUGAGACAGACUGAAGCCUUUUUCUUUUUGUCACGCCAACAAUGACUGAGGACUUUUUCCUUGAUGGAAGUGACUUUGGGACCACUUGGGAGAAGAGACAUUGUUUUUGAUGUUGUUGCUCCAUUCCCUUUCUUUCUUACCUCAUCUCACCUGCUAACAGUUGCCAAGCUAAGAAGGAAUGUGUCAGUCUUUUCUACUUUCAGCGUGACAAAGUCACUCUGUUUACAAGCAACUCCUGAAACGCAAUCAACUCCCACCUUAAUUGCUAAAGAUUGUUCUCUAAAAGUCCAAACAUUUGUUGUUGUUUUUCCAUUCGGUUAUGUCCGAUUACUUGACAAAUCCAUUUUCAGCUUUGGAAGAAGUUGUCUGUCAGAUGUGUUCAGCUAAGACCACUCAGAUGUCAGAUGUGUUCAGCUAAGACCACUAAGAUGUCAGAUGUGUUGAGCUAAGACCACUAAGAUGUCAGAUGUGUUGAGUGACACAUAAUCUUUCAGCUAAGAUCACGAAGACCUAAAGGCUGCGCUCCAUCAGGGGAGACAUCCAUCUUCCAUUAGUUGGGAGACUAAAUCACUUUUGCUAACUAGAGAAUCUAGUCUAGUUUGUCAAGUGAGCUGUGGAUGAAGGACAAAGAACCUGAAUCAGAUGUUGAAGUUCUGAUCAAACACUGACAUCUAGCGGUCAACAAGAGAACAGACAUUUUUGAGGGUUUUUUUUGCCAAUGCAUCUCAGUUGUAUCGUUCCAUUGUUGAAAACUCUUUUAUAAGAAGUACAUGUUAUUAUAAAUAUCUCCAGUUUAUUUCUAAAUAACUUAAAGAAAGUAUAAUAUCCUAAGUGAAGUAUUCACUAGCGCACACCACAAUAGUAAAUAUAUACUGUAUAUAAAGACUGGAAUUUUGA